GACUCUUUGUUCUGCCUGGGCUGUGUUUCCCAAAAACAUCAUAGGCAGAAGCAGAUUGUAGAUACCACAGUCUUCUGUCUCUACGAUCUAUGUAGGCUUAUACACUGGUUUUGGGAAAGCACAGCUCUGUAUGUUUCAUUUAGGUCACAGAUGGACAACUUGACAUUCAGAUACAGCAUACUUUUAAUGGAGGGGCUGCAAGUUACAAAUCAGUCCAAGCAUCUUGCAUUCAGUCUUUUUCUGAUUGCUUACAUGUUCAUCAUGGUUUCUAACAUUGGGAUUUUGAUUCAGAUCUCAUUGGAAAAGAGCUUACACCAGCCUAUGCACAUCCUUUUCUGCAACUUGCCACUCAAUGAUGUAUUAGGGACAGCCAUUCUUUUGCCAUACUGGAUGAGGAAUAUUUUAACAGACCCCUCUGAGCGUUACAUCACAUAUGUGGAGUGUGUUAUGCAGGCAUAUUUUGGACAUGUAUAUGGAACAACAUGCCACACUAUUCUAAUGAUCAUGGCCUUUGACAGAUAUUUGGCCAUAUGCAAUCCACUGCGAUACCCAACCAUAAUGACCAAUAAUAUGAUGGUUAAAUUGUCAGCAGGAGCCUGGGGUAUUGCAUUAGUGCUGGUAGGAAUUCUAAUCAGCCUCAGUGUCCGUCUUUCUCACUGUAGAUCUUUUAUUCCAAACCACUUUUGUGACAAUGCUUCACUAUUUAAACUGUCAUGUGAAAGUACAGUGAUUAAUAAUGUAUAUGGAUUAACAUUUACUGUUGUUUUACUAACAACCUCAUUGGGGAGUGUGGCAUUAACAUAUCUCAGAAUAGCGAUAGUAUGCUUCAAAAAUAAAAACAAAACAACUAACAGCAAAGCCAUAAAAACCUGCAGCACACACCUAACUGUUUAUGUAAUCAUGAUGGUUUCUGGAUUUGUCACCAUUUUUCUUCAUCGUUUUCCUGAACUCUCUGAACAAAGAAAAUUAUCUAGUAUAAUGUUCCAUGUUAUUCCUCCAUGCUUGAAUCCCAUAAUAUAUGGUUUGCAAGCCAAGGAAAUAAGACAGGGACUAUUUAAAAUUAUUUAUAAAAGUAAAGUUAACACCAUGUGA